AGUGGCCAUGUGUCGACAGGAUCUGGACGUGUUGAGGAAGGGCGCUCCAAGUCAGCCGUAGCACGGCACGAAUCAGCGCCUCUGCACUAAUAAGAUGCAAUGGAGGUGUCGCCGGGGUGUGCAGUGGAAGAGCUGGAUGAAACCCAACCUUUAAUUCUGAGUUCACCAUGGCGACGGUGGUGAUGGAGCAGAUUGGUCGCCUGUUCAUCAAUGCUCAGCAAUUGCGUCAGAUCCCUCAGCUGUUGGAGUCGGCCUUCCCCACGCUGCCUUGCACCGUAAAGGCCUCUGAUGUUCCCUGGGUGUUCCGCGAGACUCACAUUUUCACCGGCUACCGGCAGCCGGACCAGAGCUGGCGCUACUACUUCCUCACCCUUUUCCAGAGGCACAAUGAGGCGCUGAAUGUGUGGACACACCUGCUGGCUGCCCUGAUCAUUUUGGUUAAGUGGCAGGAGAUCUCGGAAGCGGUUGAUUUUUUGCGGGACCCACACGCUCAGCCCCUCUUCAUCAUCCUCCUUGCAGCCUUCACGUACCUCUCCUGCAGUUCCCUCGCUCACCUUCUCGCUGCCAAAUCGGAGCUCUCCCACUACACCUUCUAUUUCCUGGACUACGUGGGCGUUGCCAUCUACCAGUAUGGCAGCGCCCUAGCACACUUCUACUAUGCCAUAGAUGAGGACUGGCAUGUGUGUGUACGAAGGUUUUUCUUGCCUACCGCAGCAUUCUUCGCCUGGCUCUCUUGCCUUGGCUGUUGCUAUGGUAAAUAUGUCAGUCCACUAUUGCCAAAAUCUGCCCACAAGCUGUUCCAAGUGGUGCCCUCAGCCUUGGCCUACUGUCUGGACAUCAGCCCUGUGCUUCACCGCAUCUACAGCUGCCACCGGCGGGGCUGCUCUGACCCAGCUGUGGCAUACCACUGUUACCAGGUGCUCUUUUUCCUGGUGAGUGCUUACUUCUUCUGCUACCCGCACCCAGAAAGGUGGUUUCCCGGCAGGUGUGAUUUCUUCGGGCAGGGCCACCAGAUCUUCCACGUGUUCCUGGUGCUGUGCACCCUUGUGCAGAUCGAGGCCCUGCGCAUAGACUUCACAGAGCGCCGCACCCUCUACGAGCGUCUGCACGGUGACCUUGCCCACGACGCCAUCGCACUCUUCAUCUUCACUGCCUGCUGCUGUGCUCUCACUGCUUUCUAUGUGCGCAAGCGUGUGCAGACAUCCCUGAAGGAAAAGAUAGAGUAGGGCUUGAGAGGAAGAGGAAUCCUCUAUCUGUUCGACCCUAGAUAGACGGGUGAAAAGAAUUAAAUGUUCAUUUUGUUCAAGGUUACCGAUGACAGUUGGUAUUUGUUGUUCUGUAUGUGGCCUGCCAAUCUACACUGACCUGGUAAAGUGUUAUUAGCUGUCUCCUUUUGUGCCCUACCUUUUAAGAAAGGGGAGUCCUUUCAUUUUUUUUGUAGCAAUACAGGUAGUGCUAAUACACUGCAAAAAAAUUGCACUUAAAAUGAGAUGAUAAAAUGAAGGACAAAACGGUCAUGGACAAAAGUGAAGGUAUUAUUUGUCGUUAUGAAUUGGCUGUGCUGUACGAGUAUCCAUCCUCCACUGUGAGAUCAUCUUCCAGCCUCGAGGUCUGGUUUUAAUGAGUCUGAAGGAAAGUCAUAUUUCGCCAAGCAAGAAAUACACUUGCCGUCAAGACGAGCAGAAAAAAAAAAAGUUAUUAGUCCCCGAGAUGUCUUUUAAGUGAGAUGAUGACAAUUUCUUAUUCCUCGUGAUGUGAUGAAUGAAAUUGUGGCGUUAAAAAAAAUGUUGCAUUUGUUAUUACAGUUUGAUAAUAUUCAGCAUACUGCAGUUGCCAGUGACCAUCCGGUGAUCUUGCUGUACCUCUCUGAUACUGUAGUGACGCUCUGCUCGUGUUUUUAUGAUUCUUACAUUUUUCCGUUGGCCUCAAAGUAGGGAUGUUAAUUCUUUUUAAUUCAUCAAGGGAAUGACACUGCGCCAAACACAAAUCUCCUAUGAUAUCUGUGGGAAGCUGGGAACCCAUUUUUGAACCAAACAUCGUACCUCUUAUCUAAAAGAAGAACUUUUCCAUGUAAAAAACAAAACAAAACAGAAGCUAUUAAAUUGUGCAUGGGAGAUGAGGCUGGCACUCAGUGACGGUUGUUAAAAAGAUGGAUUGAAUUAUGUGCCCAAGAUUAUUAUGAUGUCUCUUUAUUGUUGUGACUAUGUCAAGUUUUGUAUUCAAAAGGGCUGGAACUUCAGCUUUUGCCUUUCUCUCUCCCCGUGGUGUCGGCGGUUUUGUGCGUUAUCGUUUCCCUGUUUGAUCAGAACCGACACACAAAGGCCCUAUUCAAGUAUGAUUGUCUGCUUUUGUGUAUGUGAUUCUGUGCGAGUAUGUCUGUGCCACUAAGCAUGUCUUUUGAGUAUGUAGAUGCUCCUGUUUGAUUCAAAUGUGAAUGUCUACGAAAGCUUAGCCUCCUACCGAUAAUACUGCAUAUUUCUUGAUUUUUUUAUAUUUUUAUUUUAUCAGUACUUUAUGGUGGAUCCAGUUACUUUUAUUUUGCAACGUUUUUUCUCAAGUCUGUUUUUGCAUUCAAUGUCUUGCUGCCCGUUCAGAAUUACAUGGCUGUGAAUGCACCAUUUCAAUCCACUGUCCUGUCAGAUGAGCGCCUUUGUGAAGCAUUUUGUUUUUACAUUUUAUGGAGAUGUGGCUCCACUAAAUAUUCUGCUUAACCUCUAAAAUGUGACAGACAAGUCAGCUCUGACCUAACCUCUUAAUUUAUGAUUUCAGUGUUGUUUUUUUUUAUACAACGUGCCAAUGAAUCUGUCAUUGCUUCAGUGAUGGUACUGCUAAAAGAUAAACUCGGAGACAGAAUAAUGUCAUAAGCCACGAGCUUAGGUGAUAUGUAAUGAUGUCCCCGACAGACAAGUCAGCAUUUAUGUUAUUGAUGAGCUUUAAUCUUUCGAAAACCCAAAAUAUUCUAACUUAUAACUGUUAUUGUACUGUACUGACCUGACCUUAUCAUGCACUGCCUGAAGUUAAUUUAAGAGCACUGAUGCUACUACCCAAGUUUGCCCUAUAACCCCAGCCUGCUUUGAUUCAGGGUGAGAGGGACCAGAAUGUCUUUUGCCUAUGAAAAGUAAAACACGUGACAAUAACUGUAUUAAUAUCCUGUGGUAUUUAAGUAAAUAAAGUC